AGCUGAGAACUGAGACACUCUGUUUAUACACGAGCAUGUAAAGGAAGCAGAGAGAGAGAGAGAGAGAGAGAGAGAGAAAGAGAGAGAGGGAGAGCAUGUUUGCUGCAGACAAAUGCAGACAUUUCUAACUCAGCAAAAGGGGAAGAGAGUCCAAAAGCUGCUGACAAACACAUUAUAAUGAGACUUCAUGUUGUGGAUUUAAAAGCAUCUGGAAUAUCUGAUCACUGGAUUGAAAAGCACAAGACGAAGCCUACAGUUGAUCAUGGACCCUAAAAACCAGUCAGAGCACAUCAACUCAUCCCUGCGUUAUGAGUUGGCAGGGAGGUCCACGGAGUAUAGCGAUGCAGAAAUGGUGCUGUUGGGUGUUUUAAUGGCCAUUCUGGUUCUGGCCAUAGUUUUUGGUAACGUGCUGGUGAUCACUGCCAUCCUGCGGUUCCAGCGGCUCCAGACCGUCACUAACCUCUUCAUUGCCUCCCUGGCCGUAGCCGACCUCAUCAUGGGCGUGGCCGUUGUCCCCUUUGGCUCCAGCUACAUACUGCUGGGAACCUGGCAUUUUGGAAAUUUCAUGUGUGAGUUCUGGACUGCUACAGACGUGCUGUGUGUGACAGCAAGCAUCGAAACACUGUGUGUGAUUGCUCUGGAUCGCUACCUCGCCAUUACCUCACCACUCCGUUACCCAAGUCUACUCACCAGGGGUCGGGCCUUCGCUGUAGUCCUUGGGGUUUGGGUGGUGGCCUGCCUAAUCUCCUUCCUCCCCAUCCAUCUGAAGCUGUGGGUGUCAGGAGAUUCUGAGGCUCUCCGGUGCUUGAAGGACCAGACCUGCUGCGAUUUCAACACCAACGCCGCCUACGCAGUGUCCUCAUCUAUUGUGUCAUUUUACCUGCCCCUAGUGGUGAUGAUUUUCCUGUACACUCGGGUGUUUCAGGAGGCUCAAAAGCAGCUGGAGAAGAUCAGGGGUAGGGAGAGGCACUUUUAUAACUUGCAUUACACUGCACAGAUGGCUUAUCCAGAUGAUAGCCCCUCGAUGAAUAAACUUAGAACAGGAGCCGAGGUGGGAGAAGAAGCAUCAGAUGAUAACCUAAACAUGCAGAAAACAGGAGGCGUAGACACUGGAAAACAAGAAGAUGGAAAAGAGGGCAGAGCCAGGACAGAAAAAGGGGAAGGAAAACACUCUGCCACUAAGCGUCUUAAGUUUUGUCUUAAGGAGCACAAGGCUGUGAAAACUCUUGGGAUCAUCAUGGGGACGUUUACACUGUGCUGGUUACCGUUCUUCAUCCUCAACAUCUUGAUGACCUUCCUUGACCUGGGUGACGUCAAGCUACCCUUCAGACUCCUCAACUGGCUCGGAUACUCCAACUCAGCCUUCAAUCCGCUCAUCUACUGCCGCAGCCCGGAUUUCAGGCACGCCUUUCAGGAAAUACUCUGUCUGAGGAGCAGGGGAGGCAGCUGGAGGGGGAAGCGAGCAUGGGGCUGUUGCAGAGACACUUUCUCAAAGCCCCCGUGCAGGACCAAUGGGAAUUUAGACCCAAAUCGUGUUAAGGGGCUGCAGCAGAGAAUAGGAUGGAAGGGCAGCUUGGAGAGCUCGAUCAGAGGCAGCUCACCCAGUCUGGCUCCUACCAGUCAGGGUUUAGACGUAGCUCCAGGCUCCUUGAUGAACCACCAGGCUAACAGCUCUGCUAAUGGAAGCUGUAAAGAAAGUCUGGCUUCUAUUGUUUGACCAGUUUUAAUUUAAGGAUUUACACUGUGUUUACAUGGUUCAGUCCUGCAAAACUCCUGAAAACCAGUUUGGUGUUCGAUGAAGUUCACAAUGUUUGCAUUUGUGUGAUAAUAUCACAGCGUCCUUAAGACUUCAUAGUGUUAGCUUUUUUUUAAGUGUCAUUUAUUUUUCUUCUUUUUUCAAUUUUUUUUCCUUACAUGUGACUGUCUAUGUUUUUGCCUGUUUUUCUUCCAGUUUUUGAUAUAAUGUAUUCCUCAAAAGGACUUACAGUGUUGGUUACAAGGUUACUUUUGAUAUGUAAUAGGUUAAAGAUUACCAGUUUCCCUUGGAUUUAAUUACAUUUGACUAUGAGUAGUGCUACACCAAUUUCUAUUUCCAUUUUCACUGGAGUAUUGACCUUUAUUUUAAUGUCGGUCAUAUCCUCAUAAAGAGUGACAUUACUGGUAUUAGCAGGCAAGCAAAAGAUUUGCAUUGAACCAUUUUAUUUGACUGAAACUAAAAGGAGCAAUUGUAAGUUUUUUUUCUCAAAGAUAUCAUUUAGCCUUGGGUCUUGGGUGGAUCUGUGCAGGAAAAGACCCUCAGAACAAAUUGUUUCAAAAGGAUCAAUCAAGCAAAAUGUGCUUGGCAGGUUGACCAAAUAAUCAGGACUGAAAUGCAGCUGAAUCAGGUCUGAGGUCAUUUCUUCUAUAGCCUGAUUAUCAAUGACUGUGGCUCUUCAUCAGGAAAUGAGAAACUCUGUAAUCAAAAAACACAAUGGUCUCUCUUUAAGAGAUCAUUUGGGAACAGUAAUUGGGCUAUCACCAGCUGGGCACCGUUGCAUAAAGGAGAUUUAAGUGACUGAAAGAUCCAGUAUUUUUAGCGGAAACACUUGAAAUACAGAUACAAUCCUUCUUUACCAUAAAUGUUGCCAUAUUUCUUACUCUAUAGAUUUAAUCAAAUUUUAAAUAAAUAAAUAAAUCAUCAUCAGCCUUAUAAAAAAGAAUAUAUCAAACAUGUAUCCCCUUUAAAUGUAUUUUAAUUAGAUUUCUUUCAACUGGUUUACUAAUUACAUUUACAUAUAAGUUGUAUAUUACUUAAAUAACACUUUCGCCUGUAUCUUAAGACUCCUCAACACUGGUAAGGUAUAAAAAUUCGACAGACAACUAUAGAUUUUCAAAAUACUGCAAAAUAUCAUAUUUAGGAACAGAUCAGUUACAAACACUGACAGUGUGUUUGAAAUACAUUGGCUUCAACUGCAUCAACGAAGCAAAGUAAACAUUAUGAUCUUAACCAAGUUGGUACUGACAGCAUGCCUAAUGUAUCAGGAUGUGAGAUGUUUCUGAUUUUGUCUAAAUCCUGUUUAUACAAAGUAUAACAAUGCCAUUACAGUGGACUACUUGCUUUAAAUAAAUGACAAAAAUACCUGAUUUAUUUCACGACAACUGUGUCAGUUAGGAGAUAAAUGAAAUCGUUUUAAUGACUGUUGGAUAAUUAAACACCAAGAAAUAUAUUAAAAUGUCAAAUAUUUGGUUAUGCAUUCCAAAAUGAUUUUUACUCAGUCAAACAGCAGUCAAGCAGGAAAAAAGAGAAAGUUACUGUUGUUUAGAAAUCUGGACAAAUGGCCCUUGGCAGGAAGGCUGUGGUUAUAAAUUCACACACACUGUGUAUCUUCUCGCCACACUAGGUUAUCUUAAACAGACCGACAGUGAGAUUAACAGAUCACAGUGAUAAGUGACCUUAAAGGUCAAAGGUCUUCAAGGGUUAAAGGUCAAUAGAUUGCAAUAGAACAGAAAGAUAGAAUAGAAAAAUAUACUGAUGCAAUCCUUAAAUGAAUCAACAAAUUCUUUGAAAAUGAAAGAAUACAAUAAAUUUCUCAAUACUUUAAAAAUGGUCCUGUCCUACUGUGAGAAACGUAAAUCCUAAACGUACAACAUGUAACGUCUGUGAGGAAAUGCACGCACAUUCAUGUUUCAACAGAUCAUGAUAUUCUAUCUAAAAUGAGCACUACUCACUGAUUUCAUUGUAGAGGACCUGGGUCAGAUUUUCCUGUGAAAACCUCGGGAUUAUUUUUCAGGCUCGCUUUUGAGUAUUUCAGUGCUUCUCCUCUGCUCUUCAACAACUCUAGUUAGAUACUGUUUGCUUUGUUAACUUGGAAAUGAGCUCAGUAACAUCAUCUGACUUCCAGCACAGCACAGACUCCAACACAAACUUUCACAAAUGUUACACAUUGUACUUUUAAAACCUAUUAAAAUGUGUUUUGUUUUGUUUUUUUAGAAUAAAAGAUUGCUUUUUUUUUUUUUUUUUCUUUUUCAAACAACCUACCACCACAGCUUUGCAAAACUAAACAGAUUUGUUUUUUUCAUAUGCAUUGUUGAAUAUCUCUAGUCCUGUGUCUUGGUGAAAGGCCUCUUCAGCAGAACUGUGACAGUCAUACCCUGCAACACUCAGUGGCAUACAGUGCACCUCAGGCCAUCUCAGUCAGUCUUUAUUUUAUUAACCCAAAGGGCAGGAAGUAUAUUAGCAGAGAUGUAUUUGUACAUUAUCAGUGCUAAUAUCUUUUUCUGCUAGUAUCAGAUGAACAAGCCACACAUCCAGAGUCGAGGAGGUUCUGCAUAGUUAGCCCUGCAGCUACAAGUCUUAUUCAAAACAAAGGGUCUCAUUUGAGGAUGACUUCCAAUAACCUCCUGAGAUCAGCAACAGUCCGCCUGUUAUUCAUUCCACCCUGAUGAUCCUCAUAACUGGUCCAAAACCAUUUACUGAUGUAAAUUUGUACAUCCGAUAAACAUCUGCGACCCAAACUUAUGACUCUCAUAACUGCUCUUUCCACCUUUGUGUUCAUUUUUGUGUAUUAGUCGUAGUUAUUUUCCAGUCUUUCUCCAAACAUCACCCAGUCUUUUCUUUUAUCCUGUCGGGUUUUGCUCUUUUACACUGAGCUCACUGUGAUCUGUCACAGAGUGUGGUGAGUUCUCAUGUAGCGGGAUCUGUUUGCAUUAAGUUAUCUGUAAUAACAUAACAAAUAUAUUACAGAUAUUUCAAGGUCAGAAUCGUGGAUGGAUCAAAUGAUUGUUAAGAAGGUUUCACAUUAUUAUUGAUUAAAUUCUAAAUAAAGACGUUGAUAUUGUUGGUCACAUAUCGUCUCUAUAUAAAUCUUACGAGAUAUUCCAGGUAUGUUAGUGGAUACAAACAAAAAGUUACCUCGCCUGUUAAUAUAUAUAAUUAUUUAAUGUGUGUCAAAAUACCUUAAGCAAGCCAAUGAAAUUAAAUUAAUUUGAUAUUAUGUACUGUAAAUGUGAUCUGUGCCUGACUAUAUGUAUGUUUUGUGUGCAUGUGAUGUAAUUAUUGCCUUUUUGUGCUUUGUAAAGUCUGAGACAUGCCAUUGAAUGCUUCUUUACUGUAAUGUGUAUGAGACUAACAAACAAAAGUAUUAUUGUCAAACUGCCUGUUUAAUUCACCAGAUGGGUAAUAUUUACUACACUGGGGUAUGAUGUAUUCAAUAGUUUCUAUGUAGAAAAUAGUAGAAUGACUUUCUGAUAAUUGUUUAAACCUUGCGGCACUGUUUGCACUGUCCUGUGUGAGAAAUAUGAUUCUUCGGGUUUUUACCAAAGCUUGUGUUAAUGUGCAUUUUGUACUGAGUCUGUUAAUGCAUGUGGAUGUAUGUUAUAUAUGGGGUUAAGUUGCACUAGAAAGAUAACUAGACUUAAUAGUUUCUGUUCUAUUUGUGUCUGUGUUAGGAUACCUAGACAAGUGUCAAAUGUAUUUGGUUGAAACAUGUUUUCAAAGUUGCAGUUUUAAACCAGAACAAGGAAUUUUCUACCUCUGUCUGUGUCAAAUGAAUGUCAUCUCAUUUCUGUAAAUAUUUAUUCUUAAGAUGUUGGAUAUUGUAUGUUUGAGAGUAAAAAAAAAACUUGAUAAAA